AUGGCGAUUAAAAGGUUCCCUUUUGAUUUGGUUUGGGUUGAUGGUAAUUCUUGCCGUGCCAAUGAUAAAGUGGUUGCUGAGAGAAAACAUGUUAAUAGGGUUGUUGAGUUGGAAGAUGAGGCAUCUUGCAGCUCAUGUACCAGUCCGCGUUUUAUUCCCUUAGUUGAUAGGGAAAACGUGUAUAAUGCUAAGGGGAAGGGGGCUAUGAGUAUGAAACAUAGGUCUGGAAUUCGGCGCCGGAGGAGGGGUAGUUCUGAUCCUGGGAAACUCUCUUCAGCUGUUCCUUUACAUAAUCUGCAAUCUGAUGUUGUCCUCACUCCCUUCUUGCCUUUUGAUGACAGCGUAGUUAUAGGUAAAACCAAUGCAAGCACGAGUCCUACCUCAGGGAAAGGAGUUAAUGUAGUUGAUGCCGAAGAUGAUCAAAAUGGCCGUGAUUUGGAUGAAAAGACCUGUCAUAGUUAUGAAUUUAAUGGAUCGAUGGUUGGUAGUCCAGGACAGGACAAACAUUUGUUGUCAUUGGAACACUACAUGAAUAAUGCGGGUGACCACGACCAGAUUGUCGGCAAUGAAGAGGACCGUUUCAAGAUGUUUGAAAAUGCACUUGAAGAAGAGAAAGCAGCCUAUGCUUCUCUUUACCUUGAGUUAGAGAAGGAAAGAGCUUCAGCUGCUACUGCGGCUGAUGAAACCAUGGCUAUGAUAUUGCGGCUGCAGGAGCAGAGAGCAUCAAUGGAAAUGGAAAUGAGGCAAUACCACAGGAUGAUAGAAGAAAGAGUUGCUUAUGAUGAAGAAGAGAUGGAAAUUCUGCAAGAAAUUCUUAUGAUAAGAGAAAGAGAGAAUCACUUUUUGCAAAAGGAACUUGAAGCUUAUAGGCAAAUGGAUUCAAAAGGAAGUGACCAAUCAUAUGAUAAGGCAAUGGUGCAACGUGAUCAAGGUGGACAAAGAACUCCAAUUUCAGUUGAAUCAUAUGAAGAUCGAACCACCAUAUCAUUUGUUAAGAAAGAUGAAACAACAGAUACUUCCACAAGUUAUACUCAGACUUGCAUGAAUGCAGAAGAUGGAGAAGAACUGGAGAAAAACACAGAAAAUAAGGAUCAAAUGCAUGACAAGCUGCGUAGGUUCUUUUAUGAUACUGAUCCAGAUGUUCUUGAUGUCCAUGUCAUCGAAGACAACAUAGAAGUAAAGGAAGAGGAAAAUGAUAAGUUAAGUAUCUCUUCAAUGAGUACUGUUACAAGUGAAAUCACAAAUAGGUAUCUUGAAUUUGGAAGUCUAAAAGUUCGAAGCAGUGAUGUAAGUAAUUGUCGAAGGAUAAAUAAGACAGAAAAAGGUAAUAGUGUUGAUGGCCCCACAAGUCAGAUAUCCAUGGUUUCAAACUCAAGAUGCAAAACUUUGACUUUUGAUUACGGAAGUGAUUCUUCAAGUGCACUUGAAGAUGAAAAGUUAAAGAUUGGCAAUGAGAUUGAAAUGCUUGGAGAAAGGUUGAGGAGGGUCAAACAUGGAAAGCAAAAAUUGUCUUCCUUCCAAGAGAAUGGAGAAAGUUUGCAAGGGCGGUUGAAGCUUCUGGAGGAUAUAGCAAACAAUCUCCAAAAGAUUAAACAUAUGAGAAACACUGCACGAGGGGCUUCCUUGCCCCCUUCCUCAUCUAAGGUGAGCGCGAGGAAAAGACGCAGCCACAGUGUGAAUUUGGAGAAAGGUGAAAGCAGCUAA